AUGACACCAAUCAAAAAUACAACACCAACAACUGGAGAUGAAUCAUCGCCAAAUAUUUAUGAAAAUGUUUCAAAUAGUUUUAAUUCGGAGAGGAGAAAUACAAAUGGCAGUGGGGUGAUUACAAAUGAAUUGGGAGUUAAAUUAUUAAAAUUGAAUAGGAAAAUAUUGGAGCCAAUAUUGAAGGAUUUGGAAAUUGCUAAUUUGGUAUUUUCAUCUGUGAAUGCUUCCACUAAAAAGGCAUUGAAAGAAUUUGUGUUUUUAAAACAAAAGGAACAGAUUGAGAGGGCUCAAAUUAAAAAGAUGUUGGAAGAAAGAAAUGCUCAAUUACUGAUUGACAAGAAGAAUAGGAGAAGGAAGGUUCCAAACUCAAUUCCACUUAAACAAGAGCAAAACUCUGUAAAAUUUGAACCCCCUCAAAUAGAAACACCAAAACCUAAGCAAGUGGAAAUUCUGCCAGAACCAACACCUCAACCAAAUAGAAAAUCAAUUCCUCAAAAGAAGGCAACCAUUGCCCAGAACUCAACACCUGCAAAGAAAGGAACUGUUUCGAAAACUGUAAAUGAAAAAAACAAAACUCCUCCAGUUGAGUCAAACAUUCCAGAAAAACCAAAACCAGUAAGCAAUCAGAAGAAAAAGCUUGAGGAUAUUCUUGCAAUGGCAAGAAAAAUUAGAACUAGAGAGGAGGAGCCAGCAACUAGAACUGUAGUUGAGAAUGAGGAAAAAUAUGUAAAUAUUGAACCUGUACAAAAACAAAUUUUGAAUGAGGAAACGGAACCUGAGGAAGAGCCACAAAACUCUAUUCAACAAUCUGAGGAAGAACCUAAACUAAGCUUUGUAACAAUUGAUGAGAGGUUCCAACACUUUGUUUCUGUUUUACAAUCUUUCAACGAUGUGAAUGAAAGAGUUGAGGAAUUAUCUUCCAAAUUAUCAAAAAAGAGUGGAUGGCACCUCAUUCCUCCAAAACAUAUUCAUUCUAAGAAAACAGCUGCUACUCAACCUCCUAAAAUAUCUAUGCAAAAUAGAUACAACUCCAUUAUUACUAAAUGCUCGAAAGCAAAGGAAUCAUUUAAUGAUAUUGAGGAUUUCAAAAAUAGAUUUUGUUUUAAUGAGGAAGAAAUGAAACAAUUGGAGAAAGAAUUACUGCUCAACACUAAGGAUAAGAGAAAACCAGAAAUCACAUCAACUAGUAUUAUUUAUUCAGACAUUCCAAAUAGUUACAUUUGUAGAUGGUUACCAAAGAGAGUGAAUAAGCAAACAACUCAAACUAUUGUUCCUCAUCGAGAUCUUGCCAAGAAAUUUGACAAGAGAAGGGCUAGAUUCCCCUGUCGAUUGUUCAACUUUAAAAAUAAGAAAGAACUAGAGAAUAUCUAUCUCAAAAGAUUUGAGGUUCAACAAUUAAUGCUCAAAAACCAUUUGUACCAAAAUAUUUUUAAAGGAGAUUCGAAUCUCCUUAAUUAUCUACCACAACUCAAAGAGGAGGGUCAAGAGGAUGUCUAUUAUAAACUUCUCCGAACCCUUGAAGGAAUUAUCCCAUGUGAAGCACUGAGAAAUGAAAAUCGCAGAAAUAUAAUUAAUUGGAAAUCCUUUUAUCAUUUCCUUCCUAGCUCAAAUAGUUGUAGUAACAGCUUGACAGAAGAAGAUAAUUCAUUCAUUGAAGACACGGAAGAACCAUCUGAUGAGGAAUAA